GUGAGGCGAAUUUGUGUGCACAUUUUAACAGGCUUCGUUCACGUUUUAGGUGACGUCACCACUCGGAACCGAUGUCUUGUUGUUUCUUGCAUGCAUACUUUAGACACCAUUUAGACUUAUAGAACUCGUAUAAAGCCUAAAUCGACUUUUUUUUAAAUUUUAUUUUUGUUUUAAUCCGGGUCCUCUUCGGGUACAAUGAUGCGCCUGCCCAAAGGCGUCACUCAGGCGUCGGGACUUCCGUGCGGCCAGUCCAAGAUGAAGCUCCUGGCCGGCGAGUUGUUCAGCAGCGGCCUGUCCAGCCCCCCCCUGAGCACGGUACCGGUGGGCUACUUCAGCCAGAUCUGCCCCAACACCGCCGUGGUGGAACAAAGAUCCCACAGCCUCUACUCGACCCCCCACGGACCCGACCAGAAGCCCAUCCGAUCGACCACCGGACGGCUGCCGGCUAAAAGGAAGUUGGAUCUUGAAGACCCAGUUUUCCUCCCUGAGUUCCGCACCCCAAAAGGCAAAGGCGGCAGCAUUGCGGCAAGUCCAAGAACCCCGAAGUCGCCGGGUGAGCGGACGAGGUACGACACCUCGCUGGGCCUGCUGACCAAGAAAUUUGUGGGCCUCAUCGCCGAGUCCCCCGAUGGCGUCCUGGACCUGAACUGGGCCACGGAGGUGCUGGAGGUCCAAAAGAGGAGGAUCUACGACAUCACCAAUGUCCUCGAAGGAGUCCAGCUCAUCCGGAAAAAGUCAAAGAACAACAUCCAGUGGCUGGUUGGAGAUGUUUUCGAGGGCGGCGCCAGCGGAGGAGAGAAGGCCCGAGCGUUGCGCAAAGAUCUCGGAGACUUGGAGCGAGCCGAGCGAUCGCUGGACGAGCUCAUCCACUCCAUCAGCGCACAACUCAAACAGCUCACAGAGCACAAAGACAGCCAAAGGCUGGGCUAUGUGACAUACCAGGACAUCCGCUCCAUCGGCAGCCUCCGAGAGCAGACGGUGAUCGCUGUUAACGCCCCCUCUGAGACCAAGCUGGAGGUGCCAGACACGGAGGGGGGCUCGUUGCAGAUCUAUCUGAAGAGUAAGAAUGGUCCCGUAGAAGUGUACCUGUGUCCAGAGGAGGGACUCGAAGACGCCAGUCCGGUUAAAAGCUCAGUCACACCAGAAAAGCCCACUGCAACACCAGCAAGCCUCAGCAGCGUCAAAGAAGAGCUUGUUGAAGAGAGCGUGUCCACAGCGGCCGCUCCGACCUCUUCCUCGUCUUCCUCCUCUCUGCUGGAUGUGGCGCGUCUGCUGGGUUUGCCCCCCAGCUUGUUGCAAAUGACCGAGGACCAACUACCCGGCGCGUCCUUCCCUGCCGACCCCAGCGGCGCCCCCUUCGUCAGUUUCUCCCCCCAUCUGGACCACAGUGACUACCUGUGGAGCCUGGAGGACGGCGAGGGCGUGUCUGACUUCUUCGACACAUACGACCUCAAUGAUCUCUUGUAGAGGUGACGGAACAUUUUGAAAAUAUUACAAUAUGAAGCCAUGUAUGCCCCUGAAGCGGGGGCGGGGAGAACCUGAUCCAAACCUGCUCUGUAUUUCAAGGGAUUCUGUCUUCACCCCUGUUCCACCCUCCCAAAAUGUGUUGUGGAGAUUAGUUGAUUAGUUUGUGGUGGAGUCCUGCUAAAAAUCAAGCAAACUGCUAUGAAAAGAAAUGUAUGACUCGUACAUUACACGCACAGGCCAGAACAUUAAGUACACAUCUAACACCGGGCUGGGAAACCGUUUCAGUUUUUCAAAUCAUCCGUGGUCAUAGUACAUUUCCAUCAAAUAUUGUUAUUGAAUAUCAUGAGCAUUUGUGGGUUGUUGGUGCUUUUUAUUAUAGUUCCUCUGAAGUUUUAAAAACAAAAUGAAAAUUUAACAACAAAAUGAAGAAUGGCAGUGAACUCAAUUGUUCGUAAAAUACAUAAUAAUAAGGUAGCUAUACUUAUUUCUGAUUGUACUUGACAUUUUAAUUGAGUAAUUAAUAAUUGAAUAAUUUGGUGCCAAAUUAUAUGUAAAGCCAAAUAAGAGAAAUUGUGACUCAAAAUGUAUUUAUUUAAAAAUAUAUAUAUAUAAUUAUAUUUUUCAAUGCACUGCAGAAUUACAAACGAAUACUAAUUAAUAGAAAAGGGCAUGAAAUAAAUGUUUCUGAUUAUAUUCCCAUUUUAUUUUUUUGAAACACAAUUUAAUCAAUUAUUUCACAUUUGAAUUCAUUGAUAUAUUAAACAUCUGGUAAAUUGGCUUUAUAUUUUAUUUAAUUUUGGCAUAAAAAUAUCUCCUCAAAGUAUCCCAAUCAGCCAUUACACGUAAUUGACAAAACAGAGCAGACAGUUGUUAUAGCACAUUUAACUCAGGAAUUACGUCUCGCUCUUUGCUUUGCCCCAAAAGUCUUGCCAGUCUUUGGCCUGCAGGGGGCAGCAUUGUUUUGCGUCAGCUUUAAUUGCCCAUUGUAAAGCUUUACAGGUUUGAAUCACUGGAAAGGAAGUAUGCCAAGCCAUAAUACAGCACUGAACACACACACAAAAAAGCUCAUCUUCAGUCAUUUGUUUGCAAUAUUUUCAACUAGUUUUUGGAGGGUGCUUAAGUCGAAUUAAUAUCAAUAAUAAGGAGGAUUCUUGAUUAUUUGGAAGCUUUUCCAAAUUAGCCUCAAUUUUAUGUGGACGUAGUAAUGCACAAUUACUACUGUGUUUCUGAGGAUGUCAUUUUAUGCUCCUUUGUGCUCAAAUGGGGGCGGGGGUUUCUUGCACCAUUUGUAGAUGUAAUAUUUGAAUAGAUGGCUAUUGUUUGGACUUUUAGAGAUAACCUAACUGUCCUGUCCUAACAAAACUUGAAAGUGUGUUUUUGGGUGUGAUUUUUGUUGGUUUUUUUUGUUUGUUGUUGUUGCUUUUUUUGUUUGUUUGUUUGUUUUUCCCCAGCAUGGGAAAUAGGUCUUAUACAGUGUGUGCCUGAGUGGUUUUAUUUCCAUUUAUUUUACUAUGUAUAGAUUCUGAGAAUUUGUAGUAAUUUCAAUCAGCAUUUAUUUUUUAUCUUCCUGGUAUUUGUACAUAUAGAUGAUUUUUGUAUUUAUACCUAUUUUUGCUGAUUUGUUUUCAUACAGGCAUUUUUUUUUGUAUGACAUCCAGCACUUAAUGUUUUUUGUAAUAUUGUGUUUGUUAAAAACGUGGAAAUAAAUAAAUAUUGAAGCCA